GCCAGGCAGGGACGGUUCUGCGGGCCUCUGGACAGCUCCGGAGACGCACUGAGUGUUUUUCCUGAGGCCAGCGCGCUUGGAACAAUGUGUCUUCUGCCUCCAGCCAGUGCCAAAGGGGAAAUUGGGAACAGUCUCUGAGUGCUUUUCUCCCUUGUACAACAUUAAGGUACAGAAACGUGUGGCUACCCUCGCCCUAAGAUCCCCGAUUCCACUGGCUUUGGAGAAUCCACUGGUUUUGGACUUUCUUGGGUCUUACAAUGCCACCUCCUGCUGACAUCGUCAAAGUGGCCAUAGAGUGGCCGGGUGCCUACCCCAAACUCAUGGAAAUUGACCAGAAAAAGCCACUGUCUGCAAUAAUAAAAGAAGUCUGUGAUGGGUGGUCUCUUGCCAACCAUGAGUAUUUUGCACUGCAGCAUGCUGACAGUUCAAAUUUCUACAUCACGGAAAAGAAUCGCAAUGAAAUAAAAAAUGGCACUAUCCUUCGAUUAACUACAUCUCCAGCUCAAAAUGCUCAGCAGCUCCACGAGAGAAUCCAGUCAUCGAGCAUGGAUGCCAAGCUGGAAGCCCUGAAGGACUUGGCCAGCCUCUCCCGGGACGUCACCUUUGCUCAGGAGUUCAUAAACCUGGAUGGCAUCUCUCUCCUCACCCAGAUGGUGGAGAGCGGCACUGAACGAUACCAAAAAUUGCAGAAGAUUAUGAAGCCUUGCUUUGGAGAUAUGUUGUCCUUCACAUUGACAGCUUUUGUGGAACUAAUGGACCAUGGCAUCGUGUCGUGGGAUACAUUCUCUGUGGCUUUUAUUAAGAAGAUAGCGAGUUUUGUGAAUAAGUCAGCCAUCGACACCUCAAUCCUACAGCGCUCCUUGGCCAUUUUGGAGUCAAUGGUACUGAACAGCCACGACCUCUACCAGAAGGUGGCACAAGAGAUCACCAUUGGCCAGCUCAUUCCCCAUCUUCAAGGGACAGAUCAAGAAAUCCAGACCUACACCAUUGCUGUAAUUAAUGCACUUUUCCUGAAGGCUCCUGAUGAGAGAAGACAGGAGAUGGCAAAUAUUUUGGCUCAGAAGCAGCUGCGCUCCAUCAUUUUAACACAUGUCAUCCGAGCCCAGCGAGCCAUUAACAAUGAGAUGGCACACCAGUUGUAUGUCCUCCAAGUGCUCACCUUUAACCUCCUGGAAGACAGGAUGAUGACCAAGAUGGAUCCCCAGGACCAGGCUCAAAGAGACAUCAUAUUUGAACUUCGAAGAAUUGCUUUUGAUGCAGAGUCUGAACCAAAUAACAGCAGUGGCAGCAUGGAGAAACGCAAGUCCAUGUACACCCGGGAUUAUAAAAAACUUGGCUUUAUUAAUCACGUUAACCCUGCCAUGGACUUUACUCAAACUCCUCCUGGGAUGCUGGCAUUAGACAAUAUGCUCUACUUUGCUAAGCACCACCAGGAUGCAUACAUCCGGAUUGUACUGGAGAACAGCAGCCGAGAAGAUAAGCAUGAAUGUCCCUUUGGUCGCAGUAGCAUAGAGCUGACCAAGAUGCUGUGUGAGAUCCUGAAAGUGGGCGAGCUGCCUAGUGAGACCUGCAAUGAUUUCCACCCGAUGUUCUUCACCCAUGACAGAUCCUUUGAGGAGUUUUUCUGCAUCUGUAUCCAGCUCCUGAACAAGACAUGGAAGGAAAUGAGGGCAACUUCUGAAGACUUCAACAAGGUAAUGCAGGUGGUGAAGGAGCAGGUUAUGAGAGCACUUACAACCAAGCCUAGCUCCCUGGAUCAGUUCAAGAGCAAACUGCAAAACCUGAGCUACACCGAGAUCCUGAAAAUCCGCCAGUCUGAGAGGAUGAACCAGGAAGAUUUUCAGUCUCGCCCAAUUUUAGAACUAAAGGAGAAAAUCCAGCCAGAAAUCUUAGAGCUGAUCAAACAGCAGCGUCUGAACCGCCUCGUGGAAGGGACCUGCUUUAGGAAACUCAAUGCCCGGAGGAGACAAGACAAGUUUUGGUAUUGUCGGCUUUCCCCAAAUCACAAAGUCCUACAUUAUGGAGACUUGGAGGAAAGCCCUCAAGGAGAAGUACCCCAUGAUUCUUUGCAGGACAAACUUCCGGUGGCAGAUAUCAAAGCUGUGGUGACGGGGAAGGACUGUCCUCAUAUGAAAGAGAAAGGUGCUCUUAAGCAAAACAAGGAGGUGCUGGAACUUGCUUUCUCCAUCUUGUAUGACUCAAAUUGCCAACUGAAUUUCAUUGCUCCUGACAAGCAUGAGUAUUGCAUCUGGACAGAUGGGCUGAAUGCACUGCUUGGGAAGGAUAUGAUGAGCGACCUGACACGUAAUGACCUGGACACUCUGCUCAGCAUGGAGAUUAAGCUUCGCCUGCUGGACCUAGAAAACAUCCAGAUCCCUGAUGCACCUCCACCGAUCCCCAAGGAACCCAGCAACUAUGACUUUGUCUAUGACUGUAAUUGAAAUAUCCAGGCCUGGAAACCCUCCUCCCAAACUGGAAGUUCUGGCUAACUGCAGAGGGAUACACACACUUGCCCAUACCUCGGGAGCAUCUUUUGAUAGAGGGAAGCUGUGGGUCAUCCCUUCCUUUGGCCCCCACUCUUUUGGACCCUUUCCUGGCAUCUUGCCACUCCCUGAAUUCACUUCCAGACUCAGUUCUUUAGGUCACUUCCCAUUGCUGCAGUUCAUUGGGAGUGGGGCAGGACAUGAGCAAAAGCCACCACAAGUAAGAAAGUCAAGCAACACUCUUCAUUCUAACCCCUGGCAAGUAUAUCCUGGAGUAGGAAAGCCAGUAGCCUCAAGCUGCCCCCAAAUUUGCCCACCAAACCAUUUCUUCUGGGGUUGGGAAGAAAUGCCCUGCUAUGGAUGAGAAGACCAAAUGCCACAACCACCUGCCCUUUCUCUCGGGUCAGCAGACAUCACCAGCUCCAUGUGAGUUGAGAUCACUUUCACAGCUCCUCUCUUCCUCUCCCCUCCCUUGGCCUGUCCUGGUCCUCUUUGGUCCCAAGUGCAGCAGCAGCAACCUCAUCCUAGUCCUCACCAGCAUCAGGUACCCCAGUGGCCCCCAGAGCCUAUGCCUGCUCCGUGUCUGCACUGUGACCAUGACCACAGCCAACUUCUCAGCCACGCUAGCUCAUCUUGGGCUUCCUCUACACACCCCAGCCCAGACCUGCCUUCUUCAUGCCCAUGCUCUCUCAGCCUCUUAGCAGAAGCACAAAUGGAAUCAGUAGUCAAACUCCAUCUCUAAUAGACUAAACCUAAACGCCUCUAUGGCGGCUGUUACUAUCCAUGGGUUCAGUGUCACCUUCUCCUGGGGGCUCCUGCUGCAACCCAGGUUCCACAGGAUGGUCAAGCUGUCAGACAUCCAAGUUUACAUCGUUGUAAUUAUUACAGGUUCUACAAUUUGCAAGGGUUUGAGUUUUUAAUUUCUUUUAUCUUUUUUUUUGCUUUGUUUUUGUACAAAAGAGUCUAACAUUUUUUUGCCAAACAGAUAUAUAUUUAAUGAAGAGAUACACCAAUAUGUGUACUUUCCAGGUUUUUUUUAAUUAUCUUAAUUCCAAACAUCUUCUUGAGAAUAACAUGCCCUUAUACAUGCUGUGGAAUAAACUUAGAUGUGAUGAAUUGGG